AUGGGAAGUAGGAAAGAUCUCCAUGGACGACUGGAUUACUAUAAUCAGUUGAUACAGGCCACAAUAUUGACUCAUCAGAAUCCAGUAACGGGCCUAAUUGCCCAAAGAGGCAAUCAUGCAUGGGUUCGUGAUAACGUCUAUGGUAUUCUAGCAGUCUGGGGUUUAGCCUUAGCAUACAGAAAAUUUGCUGACACAGAUGAACAACGUGCAAUGUCGUAUGAACUAGAGCAGAGAGUGGUCAAGUUAAUGCGCGGUACUCUGAUGUGUAUGAUGAGACAGAUCGACAAAGUAGAAAAGUUUAAGAAAACCCAAUGUGUCGAUGAUGCACUUCACGCCAAGUAUAAUGCGGAAAAUGGUAGCGUAGCAGCUGGUGAUAAAAAAUGGGGCCAUUUGCAAGUCGAUGCUACAUCAUUGUUUGUUUUAAUGCUGGCGCAAAUGACUGCAUCAGGAUUGAAAAUUAUUUUCACGACUGAUGAAGUAGACUUUGUACAGAAUUUGGUCUUUUACAUUGGUAGUGCUUAUCGAAUUCGUGAUUAUGGAAUUUGGGAGAGAGGUGAUAAAACCAAUCAUGGAUUGCCCGAAUUGAAUGCAAGUUCAAUCGGAAUAGCAAAGGCUGCAUUAGAAGCCAUUAGUUCGUUAGACUUGUUUGGAUCUCAUGGCGGCCCGGCAUCAGUAAUUCAUGUUAUGCCUGAUCAAAUCAAACAGUGUGAGGUGGUUCUACAAUCUAUGCUUCCUAGAGAAUCGAGCUCUAAGGAAAUUGGUGCAGCAACUUUAUCUGUUAUAAGUUUCCCCGCAUUUGCUAUAGCUGACGAUGAACUUGUUCGAAUUACAAGAAACGAAAUUAUUACCAAAUUACAGGGGCGAUAUGGGUGUCGGAGAUUUUUAAGGGACGGGUACAUGACCGUUAGAGAGGAUCACAGUAGGCUGCAUUACGAACCUGCUGAAUUGAAAGCUUUUGAAAAUAUUGAAUGCGAAUGGCCGCUAUUUUUCGCUUACCUUAUAAUAGAUGGAGUAUUUCGAGAUGACAUUGGACAGGUGGACUGUUAUAAUGGAUUAUUAGCUGAUAUUCUUGUUUUUGAUGAUUAUGGUAAUAAGCUGAUGCCAGAGCUAUAUUAUGUGGAAGCAGAUAAGGUGGAAAUGGAAUAUCAGAAUCCGCAUAGUCAAACACGUGUGCCUGGUCCCCAUGUUCCGCAUAUCUGGGGUCAAUCAUUGUAUAUAUUAUCAUGCUUGCUGUGUGAGGAACUAAUUACUCCUGGAGAAAUUGACCCAUUGAAUAGGAGACACGUAGUUUUGCCAAAUCCAGAACUUGUUGUUCAAGUUGCUUUACUGGCUGAAGAUGAUAAUGUCAGGCAGGAGCUAAAUAAUGAAGGAAUUAUAGCGGACACCCCGUCAAGUCUAAAGCAAAUUGAAGUAUUCCCACCAAGAAUGUUGGCUUUAGCCUAUCAACAUUUAGGAAGGAACGGUAAAUUAGGUCUAUCAGGGAGGCCUCUCCAACUCACAGGAUUAAUAUCUACCAGCUCGUUUUAUAGAAUUUUUGAUUCAGUGGUAGCAUUUACACCACAGUUUCUCGAUUAUAAGCAAUUUUACUUGUGUUUGGACAAUGAACUGCUUGUUAACGAUAUCGAAACCGAUAUCGGAUCAUUACAAGCUCACUGGCGUCUAACGGGAAGACCUACUAUUACCCUACCAAUUACCGCCACUAUGCUAAGCGUAGAGCCUGGAUCAGAUCGACCAUGGAUCAUAAAACUAAUCACUAAAAUGCAAUUAGGAUAUAUUAAUGGCGUAAGGGUUCGACUAGGUAAAUUAAACGAUUUCUUGAGCACAUCCUGCGUAAAAUCAUUGGAUUUUUUAGAGACACACUUUUCAGGUAAGUUAUACCUGCAAUUUAACUACUUGGAUACUUUCGCACCACCAAAGGUUCUCGGAUCAGGAGCUACCACGCCGGAGCGUAAUUUAUCCAUUCCAACUAUUAUUCGUUCAACUUAUUCAAGUAAUACCUCGUUAUUAGGUGACAAGGAUCAGCGCUUGGUUGAUGUUAUUGGACAGGGUUUACAGAAGCGCCACCGUCCAUGGUCUCUUUUAGCAAAGGCUACACCUAGUUUACCGCAAGAUUUGGAUGCCGAUGUUAGUGAUUUACUUCUAAAGUUGGAGAAUGAAAUUUCACUUCAGGAACUUGCAAUAACGCUAAAUUCUUUACUUGACAAACGUGGUGCAAAUUUUGUUGUAGAUUUACCUAGCCGUCUUGUAACGACUGUUGGAGAUUUGAUUGAUGAUUUAUACAAACAGGUAUGUGAUUUGAAAUUGUGGUCUUUGGUAAGACAUGCUGCCGGCUUGUUGAAUAAAAGAGUAGAAAAUUUAGCAGAGUCGGUAACAGAUAUUAUUGUACACCAAAAGUUGCUCACUGUUGGAUAUCCGCCGGCGAUACGUGAAGAAACAAUCACUGGGCCUUUACCGCCGGAUGAAUUGCAAAAAAUUAUUUUAACUGCUUGUGGUGAUGAUAUUAGAGCUAGUGUAAUAACCCAGGAGUUCCUUAUUUACUUGGCCAUGUUUAUGAGAACGGAACCCCAAUUAUUUAAGGAAAUGCUCCGAAUUCGAGUAGGUUUAAUUAUGGAAGUUAUGGCAACUGAAGUAGCGAAUUCAUUAGAGUGUACAGGUGAUGAAGCAUCAGAAUAUUUCGUUAAUAUGAGCCCGUUUGAAAUGAAGCAUUUGCUUCACCAAAUUCUUAGUGGUAGGGAAUUUGCGGUAGCAGGAGUUACCGAAGAAGAAAACGUUCAUUCCAUUUCCAGGAAACAGUCGAUUCGCAAUAAAUCAAUUUCUAUCCUACCCCUAGACCAAACAGCAUCACUUCACCCCGAUUCUAGAUACACUUCUAGCUUUAAGGCGGCCAGCAAGCGUAAAAUUUCGGACGUUCCACACCGCCUCCUGACGACUAACAGUACAGACAGUGAUAAUCCCAGCGACUUUGAUAGACCUGGUCAAUGGAUGCGGAGAAGACGUAUAGAUGGCGCUUUAAAUAGAGUGCCAGAAAAUUUCUAUCAAUACGUGUGGCGAGUUUUAGAAAAGUGUCAUGGUAUCUCUAUUGGCGGAUAUGUAUUGCCACAAUAUCCCAUUAUUCAAGAGAUGACUCCCAAUGAAUUGAAAUUCGCGAUAUGCGUCGAGACCGCAUUAAAUCGAAUACCCCAUCCAGAAUAUCGACAACUAGUUGUUGAAGCGCUUAUGGUUUUGGGAAAGGUAGUUGAAAUAGAGCCGAUCCAAACAUUAGGUGGUAUUAUUGAUAUGAAUUAUAUUGUUCAUCAAGCAAACGAACUAUUUUUGGAAGAUCAGACUCGCGUCGAUAAUAUCGAUUAUCCAGUGCAAGAAUUAGAAGGCGCAGAAAACAUCUGUUGUGAUUUUUACGAUAGUGCUCCUGCUGGUCGUUUUGGUACUAUUACUUAUUUAUCUAAAGUCAUUCUUAAGCGGUUGGAUUGUCAUAAUACCACUGAUUGUAUUAUAAGCUAA